AGCUGGACAAGCGCUUCUGCAGUCUGAAGCACGCUGCGUUGCAUGUACCAACGCGGACCAAGACGAGAGUGUGCUAGAACCAAAGCAAGAGCGGCCCUUCGGCCACCGCUGUUGUCGUUGCCGAUUCAUUCAUUUGAUUCUUCGGUCACUCGUUUUUGCAAACAACAGCACGCAAAUAUGGCUUCUGCGACUGCUACUGCCACCAUGGCUGCCGCCGGUUUCGACAAGAGAUCAAUCGCCGCUGCGUCUCUUCAGACUCCCGGAUCUGGUACUUUUCCUUCGGAGAUGUUAAGUCCCAUGGCGGCCUCUCCUGGUUUGAAGAGAGAAGAGUCUCUUAAAACGCCCAUCACUCCACCGUCGGCAUAUCUGGACUUUCUCAAGAACAUGUCUCCUGCUGUCAUGAGUCCAGCCUCUGCUACCAGCACUCGAUUCAGCUUCAACGACAAGAGCUUCGACCGAUCGAUGGAGAAGAGCAUUGAUGUAAAGCCAUCGAUUAUGUCUCCGCCCACCUCUCAGCCUUCUCUCUCCCGCAAUACGUCUUACGAAUCGGACGAAACCAACAAGACCACCAGCACAAGUCAAAGUACGCAUUCUACCACCAAAAGCUCACGACCCGAGUCACCCCGGAUUAUCAUACCACCCUCGCCGUUCGCCAAGCCAGCACCACGAUCAGCACGCACACCCCGACGACUGCACAUUCCUCAAUCACCAUAUACACCCGCACUCAGCUCCGCCCACUCCGUCCAAUCGCCAUAUAUCUCAACACCACUCAGCUCGACGCCUUGGAGUGCGUCUUUCUCCACUCGAGAAGGCAACGUCGAUGCCAUCAGCCAACCAGGCAAGGUUCAUGUCCGCCAUGUCGUCACUCGAACGGUGACAUACUGCCGCACACCUCUCGAUCCCGCACCAAAGGGCAAGAGAAGAAAGAUCGAAGUUGAAGUCGGACCAGAAGUGAAGGCAGCUUCGGAGGAGCCUGUCCUCAAGCAAGAGAGGGUCAUUGAAGAAGAGUCCGCCUCUUCGUCGGAGACAUCGGCCGCCGAGACGAUAUAA